AUGAAGGCGUUCAUCGUAUUCACCCUGGCUCUGGCUGUAGCCAGUGCGGCGUCAGACACCGAUUCCAUGAAGGAGAAGCGCGGCCUCUGGGAAGAAGGAUCUCACCAGGAGUCGUACGAAAGCCAUGGUUAUGACAGCCAUCAAUCUCAUGGAUACUAUGGAAACGAUUACUCCGAGAAGGAAGUGAAGCAGAUCAUCACGAAGAAGGUUCCCGUUCCGUACCCAGUUGAGGUGGAGAAGCACGUCCCAGUGGAAGUGAAGGUCCCAUACCCAGUUGAGGUCGAGAAGAAGGUCCCAGUCGUCGUGGAGAAGAAGGUUCCAGUGUACAUCGAGAAGAAGGUCCCGGUCCAUGUCGAUCGUCCGUACCCAGUUGAAGUGAAGGUCCCAGUAAAGGUCCCGGUCUACAAGAAGGAAUACAUCGAGGUCCCGAAGCCAUACGCAGUUCAUGUCGAGAAGCCAUACCCCGUGUACGUGAAGCAGCCAGUGUACAUUGAGAAGCAGGUCCCAGUGACGGUACACAUCAAGGAACACCAGAAGAAAUCGUUCUGGGGUUGA